GAUGCCAGUUUUCAGUGGCCACAGUCCAGGAGCAGCAGUGGCCUGACGUCUGUUACAGCCUCAGAUCAGAGCAUGCUGACUUUCCCAGGGAGUCGUAGAGGAUCAUACACCUUAUGGAGGUCUCAGUCGGCAUUCUCACUGGCUACUGAAGAUACAUCAAGCAGAGACAUGGUCGUAGCAUCGUCUGUGCCUGAGUCUCUCUGGAGUCAACCAAAAGGCCCAGUCAGGAAACAGAAAGAACACAGACCCUCUGCAAUGCCCAGCUGGAAGAGUGUGGACCGAUUAAAUGAACCAAGUAAAGCUUUUCCGCCUGUUUUAGAAAGUACAGAUGGAAACUGGGUGGCCUUGCAAAAUGUUACAUUGCCUCACCCUCGAAUGCUUGCCAAACCAAAGAGCCAAGUAUUUCAGGCUUUGGAAAAUGAAUCCAAUGUUGUAUCUGCUUAUGAUGAGAUGGGUUCAGAUAGCGAAGAUGACUAUGACUGGAAUGUGGCUUUGAACAAGCUACGGCGGAGGCCCAAGCAGCAGCUGUCAAGCAAUGCCGAUUCCCAGUGCAAUACUGAGUUGGCUUGUGGUGAUGAACAGCACCAGCCUGUGACCUCCCUUUCAUCUGGGCUAUUUGCCAAGGAGACAACAUACUCUGAUUCUGAAACAUCAUCCAUCAGUUCUUCAAGGGAGGCUAGGGGAUCCAGCCGCUUGCCUUGGAUACAAAGGAGAAUUUGUAAUCACAGACCCAGAGAAGAAAGAGCGCAAUUACAUGGUGAAUUAGAUGUGAAUUUUAAUAUACAGGCUACCAGUUUAGACUAUCCAGAUAGCAGUGAGAGUGAGGAAGCUUACCAUGACCUCGAAAAGAGAUCAAGGCGGUGGAAAAAGAGCAAGGCACUCUCAGAAGACUCAAGCAAAGGCAAAAAUUGUACAAAAACCCACAAGAAGAAUUAUAUGAGUACAAAUCAGGCAUCUGAGGAUUUAUCGGAAACUGACAUGAGCAGCGGAGAGCAACAGCAUCAAACUAAGGUAGGCUGUAUGGAAGAAAAGCUGAAGUCAAGGUUAUUUGGACUGGCUGCCAAAAUGAGUGACAGCAGGGAAGCUUCUUCGGAGGAGCAGGUGUCAGAAGAGCCAAGAACAGAAUCGGAGAACCAGAAAUCCUGCUUAUCCUCAGAAGACAAUAGCAAAUGCAUUCAAGAGGAGUUAAAGAAGAAAUAUUCUGCUGUGUCUCUCUGCAAUAUAUCUACUGAGGUCCUAAAAGUCAUCAAUGCAACGGAGGAGCUCAUAGCAGAAUCCACGGGUUCUUGUGAUUCGCCAGCAGAUGUCCAUGACCAAGGGAAAGGGGAAUUUCCAUUAGGUUCAGACCCUAUCAGACUAGAUGACCAACUCACCACACUGGAAGAAAAUGUCUACUUGACAGCUGGCAAUGUUUAUGGUUUGGAGAGUCAACUAAGUGAGCUUGAGGAUGCAGCUCGUGGAAUUAACAGUAUAACUGCAGAAUCCGAACUAGCUGACCUGGAGGACCAAGUGGCAACAGCAGCAGCUCAAGUUCAUCAUGCAGAACUUCAGAUUUCAGACAUUGAGAGCAGAAUUUCGGCACUUAUGGUGGCAGGCUUGAAUGUGGCUCCAUGUGUUCACUUGAAAAGGAAAUGUGACCAAAAGCAGAUGCAAACGAUAGACACAUCCAGACAACAGAGACGAAAACUGCCAGCUCCACCAGUGAAAGGUGAAAACAUGAAUGUGUCUCCCCCAGUUACUCCUGUUAGAUCAUUUAACAGGAAUUUCAUACUCCAAGGAUCUCUAACACAAAGAACAAAAAUGGAGAGAAAAAGUACUGCCAAGGACUUUAAGGAACCAUCUAUAGGCUCUGCUGUAAUGUACUAAAAUUAUAAAAUCCUACUGCCAAUAACACACUGCCUAAGGCUGCACACUAGAGUGCCUUUCUAUAACAGCCAUUAUAUACAUCGGAUAAAAAAUGGACCCUCAAGAACCCACAAUGCCUCAGUAAUAGGGCUUUGUUUGGAUAUCUCACUGAGCAAGCUGUUCAAGUCUUCAGCGUUGUGGUCUGCUGUUGGAAAUUCUGCCUUAAUGUUCUAUGAGAUUCCAGGAAGGACGUUGAGCUUCAUAUAAGCAAGGCUCUGCAUUUUAAGAUGCACUUUUCCCCCACAUUGUCAAAUGUACGAUAGUAUGUUGUCUUUAAAACACAGUAUGUUUUUGUAUUCUUAACUCAUCCCUUAAUGUAAGUCAAUAUCUCACAUGAAGGUCAAGAAAGAUUGCAGAUUGUCCAUAUUGUGCUCCAUUUUUCCUGAGACUUUACUAUUGUGCACAUAGUCAUAGUCACAUAUGAUCUUGUCAGAGCAAUAAGAAUAAUUCCAGGACCAGUUGGUGAUCCUGAAGAAAAUUGUGGAGCGGGAUGGCCAGGAAUGUGGUUUAACAAGUCCAACCAAGCAGGGGAGCAGUUUUCCAUUUGUAAUUUCUACAUGCAUACUAUCAUGGCAUAUUCUGCUAGACAACAAAUGAAUGUCCUGUGUUUGCGUAUCUACAAAGUUCUGUCGACCGACUAAGUAAACUUUCACCUUGAUGAAUUUGAAGACCCAGUGUUAUCUCAAUUAAAACCUUGUCUUUCUGUAGCUAGAAUUUACCUAGCACAAUGCUGCUUACAAGCCUUACCCCAACAGGCAAAAUUCAGACUACUGCAGAUCCACUCUAGACAGCUAUAACUCCAAGUGAAGUCCCCCAGUCUAUACUAGUUACUAUCUGCUGUGUAGGGCUGGAAAUGAUUGACAUUGGACCAGCAUCACUGGGUGAAUAUGUGAGCUAAACAGGAGACAGCAGCAUUGAGCACAUCUGGAAUGUGUAUGAGUAGCGAAGAAGUUAAAUGAUUUGCUGCAGAUCAAAGAGUAGUCAAGGUUCUAGAUUUAUAAUUACUGAAGGAAAGGGGAUUCUAAUUAAAUCCUAAUUUUGCCACAAUGCAAUCAAAUAAAUAGUUCCAUCUUAGUAGUGUCCCUUCUGUAUCUUGAGUUCUACUCCCUGAGGCAUUUAAGUAAGUUGAAGGUUGAGAAUCUCAGUAAGGGCCAGUCAUACUGUGUACAAGAUUGUAUCCUUGUGCUCUGUCUUUGUUAAUACAUCUAGCACUCUUGGCCCUAUGCUGCAAUUGCCAACACAUUGGAUCUUGCCCCACCCCUUCUUUCACCCAUAAGCAUGCAAAAGGCUACAAAGGUCACCUUUUGACCACUUUUUGAUAUUAGGAAUAGAAAAGUGGCUAAAAUGAGAUUUGGGCUACAGUCCAAAGUAUGCUUACCAUGGAGUAACCCCCAGUAGGUUUAAUGGGACUUAGAGUGCAAUCAGACAGCAAGAAGGGCAUGUGUCUGAUAUCACUAGAAAGGGUCAUUUGCAGAGAGUGAUUUCCCUUAAAUGACCCUUCCAUCUUUUAGAGAAUUGCUCCAGCUCAACACGAAAUAGUAGCAGCACUACAGCUGGACCAAAAAGGUCCAGCUUUGGCAUGGACUGGAGUCAGACUGGAGCACAAUUCCUCACAUGUUGUGUGAUCUCUGGGAAACAGAUCACACUGACCACGAGCAGCCCAAAACAUUAUCUAUUUCCCUGUCUUAUCACAGCCUUACUUCUCAAUAAACAGGCUAAGGAUUGCAUUAUAUAAGCAUGUACCUGCAACCAUGUAGGUUUUAUUCAUUUCUGUUGGGUUUGUGUAUUCCUAGGGCUUUAUCAUAACUCCCUGUCAAUAUUUGCUCACCUUUUCCCAGCUGCAGACAAAAUGAUGCUAUCAUAUACAUGCAUGAAAUUCUUAUUUGUCUUUUAUAGGACUUGACUAAUCAGAUGGCAAAAUUUUGUCUGCAGUGUACAAAAAUCCAUAUAGUAUAUGAUUAAUAAAAGCAUCUUUUUAAAAAUAGGGGUUGAAUAAAAAUUAUAAAUUCCUUGGUCUACAUUCACAUGACUCUGAACUUGUCAAAGAUACAUUCCUAGAUUUUUGUUUCUGCAGGUCUGUGUGUUAAUGAAACGUCAGUAAUGACAGCUGGUCUACAUAUUUGUCCAGUGAAUACUAUAAGAUAAUUCUGUGUAUGUAAUAUUGAAUCAAGACUUUUAAUAGAUAAGUCUGGCUUUUCUUCUGUUGGUGUGAUAUGAAACAAAAUGAGUUUGGAAUAGAAUUUUUUUUUCCAUAAGAGGCAUGAAAAAGCAACUAGUGUUCAAAUGUUAAACUACUCGGUUUUCUAUAAGAAAAAUGUAUAUCAUGUAGGCACUGCAAAAAGAAAAGAAAGAAAGAAAAGAAGUCCCUGCCUGUUGUGUGGCCUUUCAGUUUUUACAAAAGUUUUAUUUGUGCCAAAUGUGUGAAGAUUUAAUUUACUGUUUUUAAAUCAUAAAAUAUAUAUGUUAGCACAGCCAAAAUGAUUCUGUCAUCACACACAUGUGCGCACACACACACACACACACACACACACACACACACACACACACACACACAAAUGAAAAAUAUUUUAACUGUCAAAGCAAAUGAAGACAAUAUGAUUCAGUCUAAGUGGAACUUAACACUUGCAUUCUAGUUUUUUUUACCUGCAUUCUGGCCUCAAGAAUUACUGUCUGGAAAAACUAUAUGGAUACAACAGAUUAUUUGGGGGUGAGGGUAAUGGCCUGAAGUGAUUCUCAUCAAGAAAGAAGAUUAUAUAUUUUAACUUAAGGCAUGGAUGGAAUUCAGGGUCAACUGUUAGAAUAUAAUUAUCCAAUUGUAAGACCUAACUAGAGUAGACAGGCUAAAAUCCUUGUGUGGCU